CAGUGCUUCUCGUGAAGUAUAUACAAAGCAAAUAACGGCAUAUGAAUCAGGGUAGUUUCUGGGGGGGAAUCUAAAUUAAAUGUAGAAAAAAAAUAGGGAAGUCAUUAUUGGACCGAAGUCUAAAAACAAAAGUAUCAAUUAACCUAUGGGCGGCGUGGCGGACAGCAGAUUGCAAUUGUUCUCAAGUUGUAAACAAUUCUGAGGUAAACAGAAGGGCAGUUGUACAAUAGUGAAUGAAUCAGUUUUUAAUGCCGAGGUGGAAGAACUAUCUCACAGUUUGCUUAAUUUUGCACGGUGAGCGGGGAAAGAGUUCAGCGUGCUAUUAUUGCUGUGUGUUUGUGCGUUGUAAAAUUCCUGCUGGAGGUGUGUAGGUUUGAACUGUGAUUUUCCCGCGGAAAUGAGGCGAAUGUGAUCCGAUACAAAAGUUGUAGAAGGACGUUAUAUUGAAGUGGCAAUGGGGAGGAAGAGGAAGGCGAAAAGGCUUGAGGACAAUCAAGGAAUUCACCCUGUCACCGCUGAUUUCAACCAUGAAAUGAAAUCUGUCAAGAAUGUGCAGAGCUCUGGCAAUAACAUACACAGACCUGGCACGAGUGUACAUAGCCCUGCCACGAAUGUUUCCUUCCAGCAACCGAUCGCGCCGGCAAAUCCGAAGAAGAAAAAGAAGCCAAAGCAGAAAACGCAGGUCACCGGGGAGAAUAUUCAGCAGCUGGCAACACAGUCUGCUCACACACCGAUGUUACAGUCAUUGGUGCCGUAUCCUCCUUCGUCAGUAUUUGCGCCUUUCACAUCUGGAGGAGCAGGUAUAGCUGGAAAUUACAUGGAAGUGCCUAUGGGGAAGAAAAAGAAGAAGAAACCAAAGAGACUUAAUAAUAAGGGGAUUCACCCUGUCACCACUAACUUCAACCAUGUAAUGAAAUCUGGGAAGAACGGACCAAGCCCUGGCAAGAAUGUACAAAGCUCUGGUACGAAUGUGUGUGCCCAGCGACCAAUAGUGCAGCAAAAUCCAAAUAAGAAUCAGCAGGUAAAGCCAACGAGCAACACACAGCCCACUGGGAAGAAUAUUUGGCAGCUGGCAUUGAAGUCAGCUCACACAGCAGUGCUUCAGUCUAAGGAAAAAGCACAGCCCCCUGGGAAGAAUGUUCAACAGCUGGCUUCGCAGUCACAUCACACACCUGUAAUGCAGUCUUCAGUGUCAUGCCAAAAUUCGUCAGCAACUGUGCCGAGCACAUCUGGAGCCACAGGAAAUGCAGCAGUCCCAAAACAAGGGACAGACGUGGACCUUACAGAUGAUGUGAUAGUGGUGGAAUAUACGAAAGAGGUGGUACUUGUGGACCUUACGAAUGAUGACACAGAGGAGGACAGUACAAAGGAAAGGACAGAGGUGGAUAGUACAAAUGAAAGGAGUGAGGUGGGCAGUAUGAAUGAAAGGACAGAGGUGGACAGUAGGAAUGAAAGGACAGAGGUGGACAGUAGGAAUGAAGUGAUAGAGGUGGACAGUAUGAAUGCUGCCUGCUUACUCACUGCAAGACCCGGUAUUCUGUCAGGUACCAAACCCGACAUCUGGCAUAAAGUUACCGUGAAACAAACUGUGGAUGACAGAGUAGCUGUUCUUAAUGCCAUCAACCGGCACAUUUCUCCGCUGAGGCUUAUUCCAUAUUUUUUUCACAUGGAAGAUGGACAUAUAAAAUUCCUAGUGAAUAACUGCAGUACUUCCCUCAUUGCAUUGUUCAAAAAGAACCUUAAAGUGCCAUACAUGUCUACUGAGAUUGAAUUGAAAGUCCAGCUUCAUGCCAAGAAAAUGAACCUCUCUGCAAUUUUGCAGAGAAUUAUUAGUAAAAGGCUCAGUUCUGAGAAAACAGUUUUAGACCUCUCAUACCUGGCUAGCAUACCUGAAUUUCAGCAAGUGAUGUACGACCCAUCAGAUACCUCUCAUUUACAGCAGCAGUUGCUGAAAAUGGCACAGGAAAUGGCACCGAACCUCGUCAGCCUCAGUCUGGCAGGAAACGACCUGUUGUCGCUGAAGCAUCUCGCCGGUCUCUUUGUCAAAAACAGCAAAUGGAAGUCAAUAAAAGUAAUUGAUGUGACUGACAACAAGAUUAAGACAUUUUCUGAACUGGUGAUCUUCAAGUCUUUACCUGUCACGGAAUUGUACUUGCAUAAAAAUCCUUUCUGUGGGAAUUAUAAAGAAGAACAGACUUACACAAGCGUUGUCAGAGCGAACUUCCCCCAUCUCAUUAAAUUGGAUGGGACUUACGUUCAGAGCGUGUUGCACUUGCCACAGUGGCGGCCGAAUUACAUUUUGUGGAGCAGCCAUGGUAACUCAGCUGAGCUGGCUGACCAGUUUAUCGAGCACUUUUUCACACUGUAUGAUGGUGAAGAUCGGACUUGGCUUUGGGAUCUGUACCAUGAGGAUGCCUACUUCUCUCUCUCUAGCACGUAUCUUCCUGGACAGAGCACGGCAACCAGUGCGAGGCUGAGCUCCUACCUAACAGAGUGCCGUAAUCUCUUACACAAAUCUAAUAAACAGAAACUUCAGGCCGCACUGUGCCAUGGUGCGGAGAGAGUUCUCGCAAAACUUGAGAAGCUACCACGAACUCAACACGACCCGUACUCCUUCACUGUGGAUCUCCUACAUCAUUCUGACACAAGUGCUAUAUUGACUGUUACGGGUGUCUUCAGAGAGCAAAACCGAAUACAAGACAUAUCACCUCGACAUUUUAUGCGCACCUUUGUCCUCGUCAGCUUAUCAGAUAACGAAUACCAGAUAAUUAAUGACAUCAUGUAUGUAACAAAUGCGGCAACCGCAGAGGCAGAGGAUGCAUUUAGGUACAUGAAGCCAUGUACAAACCAAAAGAAAAUUACACCACUGAAACGAAUAACGCAAGUGACGGAGUGUGAGAAAAAUUCCAUGGUACAAGAGUAUUCACAACUUACUAACAUGACAGUUCCUUGGUCACGCACGUGCCUGAAUUUGGCGGGCUGGAAUCUAAAAGAAGCCCUUGAGAAAUUUAUGGAACUGUACAAAAUGGGCAAAAUUCCAGCAAAAAGAUUCAAUAAAUCAAAAACAGCAGCAAAAUUUUAAAAGUGAGAAAUCUUUUGACCCUCAUCAAGUACAUGUGUCUGUAUAGUGUCUGAAGUAGCUACUGAGUAACAUUGCAUCCUUUGUGAAAUUGCACCAGCACUAUUGCAGAAAAAGCUGAUGCAAGUUAGUUUUGUGAGUGGUCAGUGAAGGUGCGCUGAGGUUUUGAAAUAUUUAAUAUUGCUGACACGCGCGCGCGCACACACACACACACACACACACACACACACACACACACACACACACAAAUAAAAUUUUGUGGCACUGUACACGCUUUUGGAAUUAAUGGGGAAUUAUUAGUUCCUUGGGAACUCAAGACAGCUAGGUGGGGGAAAAUUACAAAAAAGACCAGCUCACUCAAGACACCCAGGUGAGAUGAAUGACCAGGAACGGGGAUGUAUCUUCAGUGUUCAACUGAGACACUCUUUAUCUAGGUAAGGAAUGUUGUGGCAGAGUGUAAAUAAUUUAGGAGCAAAGGAUACAACUCACCAAAUAGUAGAAGUGUUGAGUCAUUAGGCACACGAGAGAGAAUGAAAACUUUGCUAGCUAUUGAAACAUCCUUUAAUGAGCUGGAUCAGGGAGUUGUAAUGGGUAGGGUGGGUGGAGGGAGAAGGGACUGGAAAGUGGGAGGAGGCGUCGCGAAAGGUUGCCUGACAGCUCAGAGGUAGGCAGCGCGUGUGUAGGAUAAGAGUGAGAAACACUGGCAGUGAUGCCAGUGACUUGGAGGAGUAGAUUAGAAGGGGUGACAGGGCGGAGGAAGGGGAAACUGUCGGGUAGAGGAUGUGGGUGCAGUGAAAUAGCCGAGAUUAUGGAAUUACGGGAACAGAGGAUGUGUCACAGAGAUAACUUCCAUCUGUGUAGUUAAGAAGCAAGAGCAGAGUUGACCACCCAGCAGUGGAAAACUAUGCUGACCACAACACACUUUGGUUCAAUCGCUGCUUCACAACCAUCGCUUCCUCCUGGCACCAGUUUUUUUUAACUACAAAUAUGGAAGUUAUCUUUGCAACACAUCCUUCAUUCAAUAAUCCCCCUGGCCUCAAUCUCCCCUAUCUCAAUGCUCACACUGCCUCUACCCAACAAGCUCUGUCCUAUCAACCCUCCCAAUCCUCUCCUCCACAUCAUCGGCAUCAUCCACCCACCCAUCAUCCACCCCACCAACUCACUCGCUUCCACCCUUGCAUCAGCCACCCUUCCCCAACCCUCCUCGCACUUUCCAUCCCUUUUGUCCAUCUGCCUGUUCCACUCAACACAACGCUUCACUCCAGUCUACCUGCCAAUCUGCAGCCCAAUACUGUGAUUUCAGUCAACUGGCACAAUAUGUGAUGGAAGGGAGGAGGGGAGGGUUGUCCGAAAGCUAGUAGUGUUUUCAUUCUUUUUUGUGUGCCUGUCAAUGACUCAAUGCCUGUGUGAUUCAAUGAGUUGUCUCCUUUCCUCCUAAAUUAUUUACAUCUCUCUUCAACUAACUUUGACCAGUGUGCCUUGCUAAUGCUAGUGGACAUCCAACUUUCAGUAACUCCAUGGUGGACGUAGCUCUGAUAACAGACUUUCCCUCACAGCAGAUAAAAUCAGUAGAGCCAUUAAGCUCACAAUUUACGCUAAAUUGCAGUAAGACAACACAAGUCUUAAGACAACCCAAGUUUAUUAACCAAAUACUGGUGUCAUCUGACGUCGCUUUGGCUUUGUAACUUACAGAACUAAAGUAUCAUUGAUUGUUCUACAAUAUUAAUUUGUUACAUGGACUAUUCAUAUUAUUAAAUUGUAUUUUAUAAAUAUGAAGUCCACAGUAGGAGGCCUUCCAGUCGUGUUUCCGCGGUGUCCCGGAACAGGGCAGCUACAAGAUGCGUAUGCCUGCCUGUCGUUUGUAACUCGGCCAUACACUGUCGUUUCUCAGACACCUGGGGAUCUCUGAAACAUCAUCCAAACAAACUACUAACAGUAGCUGUUCCAGCAUAAAAUUAUUCAACAGUUAAUUACUCAGAACAGUUCUGAAGUUAACUUACUGCAAACCGACCGCUGUUGUAUAUUAUUUCUAUGUCGUGUGUCAUACAAUUUGCAACCUAAUUUACACACAAUUGUUUCAUGGCUCCCUCUCAUCCUGCAGCGUGAUUUGUUCUCCCUUUCUGAUCUCCCACAACUUAUUUCUCUCUCCUGCCCCAAGGUAGUAUCUAAUACUUCUGAAAGCUAGCAUAGUGCUGUGGACAUUUUCUUUUAUACAUGUGUAUCAACAACACUGAAUAUUUCACAUCCUGAAAGUAAAUACCAGCUAGCAUUUGUGUCUGAUAAUUUAAUGUAAUGUUCAUUGUAUUGUAUGUAAAUAAGCGGUUUCUUAUGUGAAAUCAGGCUGAAAACAAAAUCUUGAAUCAGCUAUAUUUAUUUUGUCUGUGUACAUACAAUGCAUGGCUCCCAGGAGUCUCUGUGAUAUGGAAGACAAUAAAAUCUGAAAUGUUAUGUUGCUAA